GUGGGGCGGCGACACAGUGGGUCCUUCCCCUCGACAUUUCACAGGUGUUUACCCAAACGCAUCAGGCAGGAAGGAGUCAGUCGGAUCCGUCCGACCGCAGCAGCAGCUCGUGACACCUGAGAUGCGGGCCGCGUGCUUCCUACCCGCGUUGUGUCUGAGCCUCCUCCAGGUCGGGGCCCCCCCCGGGGCCGCGGCGCGCUACACGGCCGACUGGGCCAGCCUGGAUGCGAGGCCCCUGCCGCCGUGGUUCGACGAGGCCAAGGUCGGGAUCUUCGUCCACUGGGGGGUGUUCUCGGUCCCCGGCUUCGGGCGGUUCAGCGAGUGGUUCUGGUGCUGGUGGAAGCAGAAGCGCGCAGCGGAAGUUGAUUUCAUGAAGAAAUACUACCCACCGGGCUUCGAAUACGCGGAUUUUGCGCACGAGUUUCGCGCAGAAUUCUUCGACGCUGAUAACUGGGCAGAGAUAUUCAAAGCUUCUGGAGCACGGUACGUCGUAUUCACGUCCAAACACCACGAAGGAUUCACAAACUGGCCCUCACCCACCUCCUGGAACUGGAACUCGAUGGAUGUCGGUCCUCAUCGGGACCUGGUGGGAGAACUGGCUGCAGCCAUCAGGAAGAAGUCACUGCACUUCGGCCUCUACCACUCUCUCUACGAAUGGUUCAACCCGCUCUUCUUGGCUGACCAAGCCUCCGGAUUCAAGACUCAGAACUUCGUUGCUGAGAAGGCCCUUCCAGAGCUCAUGGACCUUGUGAAGACGUACAAACCCGAUCUGAUCUGGUCCGAUGGGGACUGGGAGGCGACCGACGCCUACUGGAACUCCACCCAAUUCCUGGCCUGGCUCUACAAUGACAGCCCAAUUAAAGACGUGGUGGUAACCAAUGACCGGUGGGGGAAGGGCUGCUACUGCAAACACGGGGGCUACUACAACUGUGCGGACAGGUACACGCCCGGCGAACUCCCGGACCACAAAUGGGAGAAAUGCCAGUCCAUCGACACGCUUUCCUGGGGCUACCGAAGAAACAUGAAGCUGCCCGAGGUCAUGGACCUGCCAGCCAUCAUCAAGGACAUGGUGUACGUGGUGGCGAUGGGUGGCAACUACCUGCUGAACAUUGGGCCGAUGUCCGACGGCAUGAUCGCCCCGGUGUUUGAGGAGAGGCUGAGGGGACUGGGCGUCUGGCUGGGCAUCAACGGGGAGGCCAUCUAUUCUUCCAAACCCUGGAGGGUCCAGAAGGAGAACAGCACUCUCCCUGUCUGGUACACCGCCAGAAACAACACCGUUUAUGCCAUUUUCCUGGACUGGCCGUCCAAACAAUCUCUUCAGCUCCCAGCGCCAAAGAUGUCGGGAGCCACGACGGUUACGCUUCUCGACAACCCUAACGUGUCACUGAAGUGGGCCCCGCUGACGCCAACAGCUGGACUUGUGGUGAUGAUGCCUUUAAUGCCAGCUUCUCCCGGGAACGCCUGGUGUCUGAAACUGGAGGGAGUAGUCUAACGUCAGAGCGCCGUAACAAAACCCCGAGUGAGUCUUUAGGUCGAGGGACAUCUCUGUCCUUGCUUUACUGUAAUGUGUGUGGGAGGUGAGGGAUAUCAAAUCAGGUAAUGAAUAUAAAUUUGCUCUAUAUAAUAGUCAUACUAAAAGGACUAGAGACAAUUGUGUGCCAUAUUUCUGUAACCUGAGUCUUUUAAUUGUGGUCAUGUUUGUAUGUGUGCAAUGGCCAUUUCUUCUGUUUCUGUUACUGUAAUCUCUUUUUAUUCAGUUAAAGCCCUGAUCUUUUGGGAAAGAGGACAACUCAGGGUCUUGUUAUACCUCCAGUAGUUUACGUGUUUAAUAGGUAUUUUUGACCGAAGAUGAGUGAACCUGGUCAAAGAAGAAAUCCUUAUUGUAAAUGAUGUCUGUUUGUAGAUGUGGCAAAAAACAAAGACGGCGUGGAUUAUUUAAAAUGUUGCUUUGUUCAAGAGAAUAUGACCAAUGCACAACUCCAUUAAUGCACAUGAGUGCGCCCCAAACAAAGUAAUGUAGGACUCACUUUUGAUCAUCGUACGAUACGCUGUCAAUAAAUAGAUCAAACAGUUCAACGGUAUAUGCUAUAAGACCACUAUGUACUCAGUUUGUUUUUUGUCUUUUUUGCGUGUUGGAGAGUUUUUGUACAAUCGUAAAAUAAAAAUAAAGGCUCAGAAUCAAAUA